AUGCAAGAACCAACAACUUAUAUCCGCAGCCGCAUCGCAAACGCCUGCGACGGCUGCAAAUCCCGCAAAGUAAAAUGCGACGGCAAAUUACCAUGUAGUUACUGCGCCAGACGUCAAAAGCCACACGAUUGUCAUUACUCUCCUCAAGUGCGACGACGCAGAGCCAAUCCCUCUGUUUCAUCUGCUUCGUUGAGGUCGCCGCCUGCUUCGGAUAGAGAAAGAGCUUUCUCGACGGGCAGGAUUUCGACGGGGAGGAAUAGUCCUGCUACUACUACUACGCCGCCUGUUGAUGAGGGCAAUGUAGAGGCGGCGCAUGAUGCUGAGGAGGAAACUGAGGUUCCGAGGGAGGCGAGACUUGUUUGCGAUGCGCAGGGUAAACUCAUUUUCGUGGGUGAUUGCGCACCAUUGAGUUUCUUUCAAUCUGUCAGACAACUCGUCACCACUCGAGUCGGACAAAAUGCCUUCGCGCCACAGACAAGUCGGUAUUCCGUCCUCGAAAAUGCAACCGCGAAUCAAUCGCGACGAAUGCCGGGUGAUAACCGCAUUCCGACCGUUCACACAAACGACAUUCCCCUCGCUGUAUCCAAUUAUCUAGCUAUCGCGACAGGGCUUGUGGAUUUAUUUGAUCAUCGACGGUUACAAGAAGAUCUCAUUCUUUGGUCAAAUAUGGAUCAAAAAACAGACGACGCAACAACAGUCGUGAAUCUCCUCGUCCUAGCCAUCGGAACAAAAAUCGACAAUGAAGAGCGCGCGCAGGAAUAUUUUGAGUAUGCGCGCGAAAAAGCAUAUUCCAACCUCACAGGCAAUUUGAGCGUCACAACAGUUCAGAUGUUUACGCUUAUCACGCUCUACAUGCUCUGCUCAUGUCAAAUCAACGGGGCGUUUCUUUUCUUCGGCACAGCUGUGCGUGCAGCUUAUUCAAUCGGUAUUCACAGGACUGAAGUCAACGCAAGGUUUGGACCGGAUAUUCACAGACAGCGUGACCGGCUGUGGAAGAGUUUGAGGAUUGUGGAUUUGUUUUUGAGUACGUCUAUGGGAAGACCGCCUGCGACGUCUGAUGUGGAUUGUACGGUACCAUACGAGAAUCUGGAUGAACCUCUCGACUUACUCAACGCGUCAGUACAAAUCUUCUUGGUGCUAGAAGGUGUCGUCACGGAAAUUUACUCACGACGCAAAAUCUCAUUACAACUCACAGAGGGUAUAUCCCUUCAGUUACGAGAUUGGUCGUCGAGAUGGUUGAAGCAGUUGAAGGAUAUAGUAGCUGAUCCAGAUAUUCAAGAUCGAGCCCAAGCAAGUGGUGCGUGUCAGAUUUUGGCGACGUAUUAUUACGCCGUCAUGCUCGUGUCUCGACCGUUUCUCAUGUAUGAGCUUUGUCGACGGUUAUCGGAUACUGCCGCUCCGAAUGGACGGUCUGCUUUGACGUCUGGCAAGUCGAAGCUUGCGGAUGCUUGUAUUGAUGCGGCGAGUUUGAUGGUUGAUCCGAUACUUGAUUUGAUUCAACGAGGUGUUCUUGUUGGACAUGUUCCCAUUCUAGUAUCUUGGCUAUUUGCUAGCUCUCUAGUACUGGGAGUUGGUCUUCUCGGCAAUUUUGGUCGCGUCCUAGAAAAAUACACCCGCCUAGCCAUUCAUGCGUUAGACCACUGCUCCAAACACGACACCCACGCAGGUCAAUACUCCCUAAUCGCCCAAUCCCUCCUCACAACAGCCCUCGAACAUUUAGAAAAGCGCGAACUCGCAGAACGGCAACGUCGUACCGAAAAUUCUAGCCAAUUAUUCGGACUCAUACCAUCCGAAGCAUCACCAUCCUUCCGCAGAGAGACGACCGCUGCAACCCCGGGUAGAGAGUCGUUGGAUCGAUCAUUCUUGCAACAUAAUGGAUUGCAGAAUGUCGGGUCGCCGUUGUUUGGGGAUUUGGAUUCUGCUUUUUUGGGAUUGAGUGAGAGUAUGAUGCAGACACCUGAUCCGAGUUAUUGGAGUGUUGCGGAGGGUGAUUCGGGGUCUGCGCUUAACUUGUUUGCUUUGUUGGAUGGGGGUGGGGGUAUUGAUUUGACGCAUCAUUUGUAG